AUGCGGGAGAGUCCGGAUGGAACAACAAAUAAGCUUCAAGUGGUACUGCCGAAGAUCACAGUGUCAGAAGACCUAGAAGAAGAAUUUAAGAUGAGGGACAUUUUGGAAUACUUUGGGGAAGGUUUGAAAGCGAUUUUAUUGACCACGAAGAAGAAGCGAAAUGGUGCAGGAAAUGCUCAACAUGCUCUUUCAGCUGGUUUGGUCCUUAUUUACGAUUCAGGACAAAAUUUCUGUGGAGGAUCUCUUAUUACCAGAAGAUACGUGUUAACAGCUGCACAUUGUUUGUUCACUAGAGUUGAAUCGUUGAUAGUUAUUCUGGGGGCGCAUAGAAUUCGUGAAACUGAAUCUACCCAACAACGCAUUCCAACCACCAAUUACAAACUACAUGAGCAGUAUAACAAUAAUACACUAGAGAACGAUUUAGCCAUGGUUUAUCUUCCAACACCAGCCAAUCUCAAUCGAUACGUCCAACUAAUUGCACUUCCCAGUAGAGCUGACGUUUCGAAUAGCUUUGUGGGAUCCGAGGCAAGAGCAAGUGGUUGGGGAUUCACUUCUAGUUCUGGUAACGAUAUCAGUGCAGUAUUGCGAUAUAUAAAUGUUCCUGUUAUAUCAAACGACGUUUGUCGAAGGACGUUUAAUCAGCUUGUUAGAGCCGCAACUAUAUGUUCUAGCGGAGAGGGCAGGAAAGGGCUCUGCUUCGGAGAUUCAGGCGGGCCGUUAGUCGUCGACGGAAAAUUGGUUGGUGUCGCUUCAUUUGUUGGUUAUAAUGGCUGUGAAGGUGGAGAACCGAGCGCCUUUUCAAGGGUAACGUCAUUUUUAAACUGGAUUGAUGCAAACAGUGAUGCUGUUAUUUCUUAAACCUUUCUUAAGAGAACAAUUUGUGCACUGAAGCGAAUAUUAGAAAUAAACAUACUUGAAUUGAA